AUGGCUGCCAUUGCUUCUGACGUGAACCAAUACGACUACAACACAUCUCUAGCAGAACUCGUGGCACGCACCUUCUCAGAAGCUUCUGGCAUUCCAGUGGAUCCAGACACGGAGGUCGUGCUCAGCUCCGGCCAGACCUGCGCAUUUGCCUCAGCAUGCCUGGCAGUGUUCCAACCUGGUGAUGACGUCAUCCUGUUCGACCCUGCCUUUGAGGCGUAUCACGGGGCCAUUCUGAUUGCUGGUGCUAACCCGGUGUACGUGCCUCUCUCUCCUCCUCAUUGGUCCAUCGACUUCACCCGUCUCGCAGCCGCCCUCACUCCACGCACCAAAGGCAUCAUUCUCAACAGUCCGUGCAACCCCACCGGCCGUGUGUUCUCACACACGGAGCUCUCCAAACUAGCAGAGAUCUGUUGCCAUCACGACCUGCUCGCAAUCACAGAUGAGGUGUACAGUGCUUUCACCUAUGGCAGCAGUGGCGCCGAGCGCCAUGUGUCGCUCGCUCAUUGGCCGGGCAUGAAGCAGCGCUGCAUCGUCACCUCGUCUGUGUCAAAAACGUUCCACGUCACUGGUUGGCGGGUGGGGUGGGCCAUAGCCCCAGCGCCCAUCGCAGCAGCCAUCAGCACCAUCAGUGCCAAGCUCAUCGACACUCCUCCAGCCCCCUUCCAGGAAGCUUCUCGUGCUGCACUGUGCCUUCCGCCAUCCUACUACACUCAAUUGAGAGAGGACUACACACACAAGCGGGACACAGCAGUGGCCAUGCUGCUGGAAGCGGGGCUGGAGGUGACUCUUGUUCCGGAGGGGUCUGUGUUUGUCUUCGCCCGCAUUCCCGAGCGAUGGGGUGUUGAUGAUGUAAGCAGAGGCGUGCUGAUCAUUUAA